ACUCAAAGGGGCGCAAGGUGACCCAUUUAGUUUCUCCACCGGCGCAAGUUAGCACUGUAAACCCCUUAACUUCCAUCUCUUUGCAUGCCUCCACUUAUGGAAAGAGGAAAACAGGCCAUAAGCACAUGAGAGUAGCAAAUCUUUACUAGAGGCUACUCAAACCAACUCUAGCUUGUUUGAUACGUUCUAUAUAUCUAUCAAUUUAUCUAUAUAGAUAUAUACAGAGAGAAGCUUCAAGCUAACGUCCAUGGGAAGUCACUUUCUCACUCCACCGGCAAAGCGAGUCAUACACUACACUGGAAUGUUGGACUCGGACUCGUACACGCCCGACGGAUCAGCCAAGCGUGCCAAGACGCACGUCCAGCCGCUGCCGGUGCCAGGACGUCAUGUGGCGUUCAGGCUGCUUUGCCCUGUCUCGCGCGUCGGCGGCGUCAUCGGCAAGUCCGGGAGCGUGAUCAAGCAGCUCCAGCAGUCGACCGGCGCAAAGAUCCGCGUCGAGGAGGCUCCGUCAGAGUGUCCCGAACGAGUAAUCACGGUCGUCGCUCCAAGUGCCCUAACGUUGAAAUGGCAUGCCAAGGCAUCGGGAGUAAACCCUAGCGGCCAUAAUAGAUAUUUUUUUGGAAAUGAGGGAGGAGACGGGCAGGGAGAUGUUGAGAUUUCCAAGGCACAGGAGGCGCUAAUCAAGGUUUUCGACCGGAUUUUAGAGGUGGCGGUGGAGAGUGGUGGUAGCGUUUAUGUGGAAGGGGGAGUAGUUUCAUGCAGGUUGCUAGCGGAGAAGAGCCAUGCGGGCUCCGUUAUAGGAAAGGGGGGGAAAGUGGUGAAGAAGAUAAAGAAGGAAAGUGGUUGCAAGAUCAAGGUUUUAGCCGAGAAGCUGCCAGCCUGCGCUGAACUGAAUGACGAGAUCGUGGAGCUUGAAGGUGAUGUAUUGGCCGUUAGGAAAGCACUUGUUGCUGUCUCUCGUUGUCUUCAAGACUGUCAACCAACUGACAAGACAAGGAUGGUUGGAAGCAAACCUGUGGACACAGUUUCUUUAGGGACUUUACACUUACCUCUGGAGAUAGUUCCCCAGGAGCCUUAUCUUCCCCAGGAGCCUUUACGCAGGCCUAUUGAUGCAGUGGCGCUAGACUCUCUGCACAAACCUGUUGACAUUAUUUCCCGAGAUCCUUUCCGGAGGCUUGAGGUAAUUCCCCAGCAUGCUUUGCGAAGGCCUGUUGAGACAGUUGCUCAAGAUGCUCUGCUCAGGCACGAUGACUUGGUUUCCCAAAAUAAUUUGCGCAGGCCCCUUGAUGUGCUUCCCCAAGAUGCUUUGCGCAGGCCCCUUGAUUUGCCUCCCCAAGAUGCUUUUCGACGGGCUGUUGGGGUGCUUGCUCAAGAUGCUUUGGGCAGGCAUAUUGAGAGAGACCCUCAAGAAACACCUCCUCACCUCCGUGUAGAUUUACUUUCACACCGUGAUGCGGUGCAGCAUACCAUGGUGAGCAGCAGUGUCAGUUAUGUUUCAGGAGUUCAUUCUUUACCCUUAGAGUCCGAACAGCAUUCCACCUUGGAUGGGAAAACUAUGCAACAGGAAGUGGUUUUCAAAAUUCUUUGUCCAACUGAUCGAGCUGGUGGAAUUAUUGGGAAGGGAGGUGCUAUUAUUAGGGCUCUUCAGAGUGAGACCGGUGCUUCUGUAAGUGUUGGAGCUACAUUAGCUGCCUGUGAUGAACGUUUAAUAACUGUUAGUGCAUCAGAGAACCCUGAGUUGAGAUAUUCGCCAGCACAGAAGGCUAUUGUCCUUGUUUUCACUAGGUCUGUAGAGGCUGAAAGUGAAAAAAGCUUGGAUUCUGCCUCAAGUAAGGGAGCAUCCAUCACUGCACGGCUUGUAGUCCCAUCAAAUCAAGUUGGUUGUUUGUUAGGGAAAGGAGGUUCAAUAAUUUCGGAAAUCCGGAAAGCAACUGGAACAGGCAUACGCGUAAUAGGAGUUGACCGGUGCCCAAAGUGUGUCUCAGAGAAGGAUCAAGUGGUACAGAUUUCCGGAGAGUUUCCAAACGUGAAGGAUGCUAUAUAUCAUAUUACUGGCAGAUUGCGAGAUAACCUCUUCUCCAGAAUGCCGAGCAGUCUCGGAACAAAGAGCAGUUCCUCUGUAAAAAUCGAGACAAGUCCUUAUGGAAAACUCACAGAUUCUACUGCCCCUGUUAGCUUGCGUUCAUCAGUAGGUCUUUCUCAAAAUCUUAGUAGACAUUCUACCUUCACUCCUGGUAUGGAUCAUCUUGGAUUUUCUCAUACUUAUGAUAGUCCUCCUUCACCAAGAUUGUGGGGGUCACAGACAGUAGGCAGAGUAAAUUCAAGCAUGGGAGAUGAUGUUGGCAGAGGAUUGACUGCUACUAGGUGUGGACUAGAACUGGGAAGCGGAAAGAAAACGGCUAUUGUGACAAAUACAACAGUAGAGAUUAGAGUUCCAGGGAAUCUUAUUGGUUCUGUUUAUGGCGAGAAUGGUAGGAAUCUGGAUUGUCUAAGACAGAUUUCCGGUGCCAAAGUCAUAGUGCAUGAACCUCAUAUAGGAACAAAUGAUCGGAUUAUUGUCAUAUCUGGGACACCUGAUGAAACCCAGGCAGCUCAAAGCCUUCUUCAAGCGUUCAUCCUCACUUGACCAUCUUGAUGAAAUCAUCUUCAACUUAAGACUUAAAUUUUCACCGAAGGAGGAACAAUUGACCCCUGGGUUGUUUUGCUGCUAUUAAUUUCUUCAAUUGUGUAUGCUCAUCCUGGAUAUUUGCUUGUGAUAUGCUAAGUUGGUGACACCAUGUCUAGCCAAAAAAGCAAUUGGAUUCUAUCAUUCACAGAUAUGUUCUGUAGGAACUAGACGGCUUCUGAUUGAGAAUUUAAUGUUUUAAGUUGGUCUCUUCGUUUUUGUUUUCUUAGUCA